AUGAACAUAUUACCCAGGCAUGCCAUAGCAACGAGGGAACAAAUAUUCAGUGCCUCGUCGCCGAUCCCUAGUGGUCUUCUCCCGCAACUAAAGUUACCGGAGGGGAGGAACAAUGCCAAAAAUUCUCUGCCUACACGGGCACGGCACGAGUGCCCACAUAUUCAAGUCUCAGACUGGUACCUCCCUUUCGCCUCUUCCAUCUACUGCAACCCCUUUAGUCGAGCACAGUUCAUAAUAAUUCUCCUAUACAGCACUAAUCCUCCUCAUCGCACAGCAUCCUUCCGGAGAACCCUCCCCCACUCGUACGUUUUCGACUUCAUCUCCGGCCCCUUCCCCUCCUCUCCGGCGCCAGGGAUUAAAGCCAUUUACCCCGACUCGCCAACCUACACCUGGUUCCGGGAACCAACGCCUGCUGGUUUACGCGCUGCACACAGAUAUGUGGCUGAAUAUAUCCAGAAGCAUGGGCCGUACGAUGCAGUCAUGGGGUUCUCGCAGGGAUGUUCAUUGAUCGCAUCAAUGGCAUUGUAUCACUCUUAUGACAGAUUGAGCGAGCAGGGGCAAAAUGGUAUACGCGGAGACCUGCCAUUUAAAGCAGCGAUUUUCAUUUGCGGCGGUAUCCCCCUUUACGCGCUUCAAGAUAUGGGCAUACCUGUUUCCGAAGAGGCAGAGACUAUAAGCAAAAUCACAGGCCAACUUCUCAACACCACCGCAACGAAACUCUCGACCUUUGCAUCCAACACAUCGCUUAUAAAGCGUGGCGUGGGACUCUGGGAUAACAACGUUACCUCCAACACUCUCGUUCACGAUCCAUCUGUCCGGCCCCCCCGUAAUGACCUCUUCGGGCUUGAUUUCACAUCUUUCCCUUCCUGGGCAAAAAUAGAUAUCCCGACAGUGCAUGUUUACGGCGGUAAGGAUCCACGGUGGCCAGCAGGGAUCCAGUUAGCGGAGUUUUGUGCUGACAGGGUGGAGUUUGAUCAUGAAGGCGGGCAUGAUAUUCCGCGGGGGUCAGUGGUCUCAGAGAGAAUUGGAGGUAUGAUUCAGGAUCUAUUGAGAAGGGUCUAGCUACCUACAGCAGUAAAUUUUAGUUGAGUUAGGGCUGUGAUAGAGG